ACUGAGUAUGAAGCUACACAGUGUUUGCUUUAGCCUGCAGACGGAUUGAAGACAGGCAGCUGCCCACCUCUCCCAUGGCGGAGCUCUGAAGAAUUAUCACUACUUCACAGAGCAGACAUGACAUCAGGCUCUUGGGACAGAGACAGUAACAUAAGGGCAGCAUUGAAGCGAUUGCAACACAAAGGAGAUAUAUGAAGGACUUAAAGCAUGGCCCAGAGUCCUCAAAGCAAGGACUGCAUGAUCCAAACAUGGAGCUACAGGCAGCACGUAUGACUUGGACAGCAAGAGCUCCCAGCAGAGCUCCGUGCAUGGGCAGCAAGCGCACCACGAGCACAGGGGACAUCUCUGCUGCUCGCAGAAACCCACAUCCCUUCUAAUAGACCAACGAUGCAGGAAAACCAAGUAGCUGCGUGAGCAAGAGAGCAUGGCCGAGCGUGGCAGAAAGGAGACGAUGUCUCUUUAAAUGUGACUAGAGUGUUGUCAAUGGAUCUGCCACGGUAGAGGAGUUAAUCCCCCCCCAGCCCCUCUCAGCCACUGUGAUGGGAUAAUUAGAUGCGAGGGCUCAGCGCAGAUGAUGCUCCAGUUGCUUAGCAACUAAUGGUUUCCACAGCAACGGCAAAGCACAGCCUUCGGAGCAGUAAGUGAGCAGUGCAGCAGGGCAGGGAAGGAUGCCUUAAACUCCUGCACUGAUCCUCUCCUCCAGAAUCACUCCGAGGCCUUGAGGUCCUGCUGCCCUCGGCACCCAAAGGUACCUUUGGCACCCAAAGAAAAUGGACUUGAGUUUCCAAAACAAGGCAUUUUGGGAAAGCCUGCACUUACAACAUGGCCUUGAGGACUGGGACAUGGCAGAGGAGCUCAAACUCACCAGCACUGAAGAAAUCCGGCAAGGUCGGGGUGCUCAGCCCCAUCUGUGGAUGUGGGUAAACCCCAGCCUGGCCUGUCCCCUUCCUGGGAGCCCUGGAUCAGACCCAGCCACAUCCAAAAGCCUCGUGUCCUCAGUUGCUGGUGCCACAGGAAGCUCCUCUCUGAACACAUCGUGGGACAACUCCUGCUCCGACUUGGACUGCUCCAAGGAGGAUGUGCUGUCACCCUCCAGUAAGGCUAGAAAGCUUACUGCGGAUGAAGCUGCUUCAUGUGUGGACAUCCCAGUUCCUCAGGAGAUGCCGAAAAGUCCUGAAGUCAGGAUGAUGCUGGUGCCUUGGAAAUCCACAGUCCUCAGUCCUCAGAGCAUGAAGCUCAAGUGCCCCAGGCAGAUGAGUGCCAAAAUUGAGGGGGGCUGGCCCCGUCCCCCCCUUAAUUACUGCACCCUCAUCAGCAUCGCCCUGUGCAACAGUGCGGGUGGCAGUCUGACUGUACAGCAGAUCUACCAGUUCACACGGCAGCACUUCCCAUUUUUUCAGACCGCCCCGAAGGGCUGGAAAAGCACGAUCCGGCACAAGCUGUGCUUCAGCAGCUGCUUCGAGAAAAGUACCAGCUCCACGGGCGCCAAAGGAAACCACAGGUCCUGCCUGUGGAAACUGACUCCAGGAGGAUGCAGAAAGUUUCAGGAGGAAGCACAGGCCCUGACUAAAGAGGCGCUCGACUUGGUGUGCCAAAGCAUGAGCAACCCGGGUACGAUUCCAAGGGCAGGAGCCCUGCAAACAGCAGGGCACAUCAGGUUUUACGAGGUUCCUGCAGCAGGAGAGCACCCAAGCACUAUGCAGCCCCCAGCACUGGGGGACACUGCUCUGGGAGGUGACACCAGAAACUUGGAGAUCCCUGCAGAGAUGCUCCACAAGCAGGACUCGGUCAUCGGGCUGGCCAAGAGCCCAACACAGCAAGACAAAGCCAACCAGGCUGCUUUCAAACACAGACCUGUCAUCUCAGUCCCUGCAAUAGCUGGCAGUUUAAUAUGGGACAGGACUGUGGCUGCAGCAUCAGUGCCUGAGCAGUUGUUUUGGCCCAAGUACCUACCCCAACUUCUUCUCACUUUCUCUUUUGCAGAUCUGCUGAGCUCUCUGUUUGGGCUAUGAUUCCUUCUGGCUCCCUGCUUCUGAAAGAUGGGCCAUGUGCUUUCAAACCAAGCCUGUUUUCUGAGGUGGUGCCACAGGUAGCUUCACAAGAACCACAUGUGGAAAUUAUGGGCAUUGUGACAUAAGGACUCAAAUUUAGAAGGGGGGUGGACGGGACAGAAGAAAGAUGGUCAAUACUUCAUUUCCUUCAUUAAGGUGAGUUUCUGCCAGCCGCAUGAGUUGCAGAGGCAUUCUGGCACCCGCUAUGCCUGUAACACAAAGUCCUCCAUGCACGCUGCUGCCUCUCACAACGCUCCUGCAGUGCAGAGAACUGAGCUGCGGGAAUAGGUUAAUCUGUGUCUUAACAAAGCACCUCAGGCCAGUGGCACAGAAUGCUUUACCUGGCUGGGAGUGCAGAGUCCCUACCACACAGAUGUUAUUCCAAGCCCACGUGCCUGCCCCCCGCACUGCAAACCCAGUGGGCAGGGAUCCACAUCACUGCUAGGCUGGAGGCUGGCUCCUUUCACCUGCGUGUCCACAGGAGCACGAAGGAACAGACACACUAAAAGGGAUUUGACAGAGUCUAAAUGUGCACAUUAGGGUGGUACCUCUUUUCCUGAGCAGCAUACAAACCACCCUGCAGAGCAGCUCUGCACCGCUGGGCGCUAAUGCCACCCGAGGCACUGCAGGAGUGCAGGAUGGCUGUCAGUCCCACAUGCGACAGCACGGGUUGUCUGUCUGUGUGUCCGAGCAGGACCUGACAUAAGGUGAACAGUCUCUGAAGGCCUCGGCUGCCCUGGAUGGCACCACUGAGGUAACCUUGUGGCUCCAGUUUGAUGCUCGCCUCCCGUCGGGCCAGGCUGGAAUUACAGAAUCAAUCAGGUUGGAAACGACAUUCAAGUUCAUCAAGCCCAACUUCUACCCCAGGACCGCCAAGGCCACCGCUAAACCAUGUCACUACGGGCCUUAUCUUAGGGUUUUCUGAACCCUUCCAGGAACGAUGAUUCCACCACUGCUCUGGGCAGCGUUUUCCAGUGCUCGGCUCCCCUUUCAGGGAAGAAAUUCUCCCUAAUACCCAGUCUAAAGCUCCCGCAGACCACGAGUAUCCCCUGCUCUCACUGAACACAACCCCCACACACUUCAGAUGCGCUCAGAGGUGCGGAUGG